GAUUGAGAAUGUAAACAAAAACAAUGUUAUUACACUCUGAAAGUAAAACAUCAACAACAAUAUAGAACUUAAUUCCUUAACUAGUAUAUAAAUUCAAGGAGACGCAAAAUAAAAACAGAUUUACCCGACCGCUUAUAGAUCCAAAGAAAACUAUGGGCACAGCAACUAGAAGGACGAAGGAUAACGCCAAACAAAAACCUAGGCUAUGUAAAGAAGUCUUCAAAACAAAAACCGCUAAAGGCUCCAAGGACAAUUCCAAACGCUACCGGGAGAAAAUCAAAAAGGAUCCGAUCAAGUUCGAGGAGUAUCGUGCCAGGGAAGCCGAAAGGAGUAGGAUAUACCGAAGGAAACUAAAAGAAGUCGUAAAAAAAAACAAGAAGGUCCUUAAAACUAAGAGGGAAAUCGAUCGGAUCAGACAACAAAGAUAUCGAGAUAAAAAGAAGGAAGAACUCGAAGAGCGAAAAUCAAAAGAAGAAGUAUUGAGGAAACUCGAGCGUGCAAUGCCUUCAAAAAUGACCCAAAAGAUUGAAGUUAUCAAAUUAUUAUAUAAUAAAUACGUUGAUCCCAAAGUCACCGAGUCCUAAAGCA